AUGAUAGAUCUCGCUUGUAGUCGUGUUGGCAGCCACGGUUCAGAUUGGAACACCGGCUUCACCUUCGCGCUCACGGCGACCCAACUGGCGCUGAUCGAGGUGGAGCGGCGGCGCAACAAGCAACCGUACUGGCUCUGGCGAUGGAUACGAAUAGAGAGAGAGCCCUUCCUCGUCACGCACCAGAUUCUCAUCGCGGCCUACAGCGCCCUCGUCGCCGCGGUCAUCAACAUCUAUGUCGUCUUUGAGUGGCGCAUGGUCCUCGAUCACGACUCGCAAAAGACGCGCAUCGCGCACAGGUCGACGAUCUAUUUCCCAAUGGUGCUCGGUGGUCUGCUGUGUAGCUUCUCGUAUCUGCAAGCAUUCGUCGUCGUGCUGAGCCCCGCGCCGGAUGUGGUCAAACUGGACGCUGCGCCGCUGCGUCGUCGCCUAUUUUCUCUGCACCGGCCUCUUCACAGCCGGUAUUGUCGUUAUUGCCGUCAACGGAGAGAACGCGUAA